CUGAAUUAUUUUGAUCAAUUGGCUCCCUUCUUCACCGCCGGCGACCGUCAAUUUCUCCGGCUUCUAACAAACACCAUCCCUCUCCGCUUUUGUAUAAUAAUGGCGGACACGGAAAUGCAAGAGGUAGAUGUUGCUUCUGCUGCAGAUGAUACCAAAUGUGUAGAGGAAGAGCCUGAGGAUAAUAAGACUCUUACUUUGGACACUGAUCUUCAUUUACCUGAGGCCGGUGAUGUUGAUCAGUCUGAAAAGAAGAUCAGCAGUGAUGGUGGCCAUAAGGAAUCAUCAUCAACUCCUCCUCAAGCUGCUGUUGAGAGUGUUAAGAAGUGGAAGACUUGGUUGCUCAGUGACUCUGAGGUUGAUGAAGAGGAGGAUCAACAGGCGUUUAUUAAAGAAGUUGAGGCCUACAACAAGGAGAAUUUCUUGGAUUUUAAAGCUCCCAAGUUUUAUGGACAGCCAUUAAACUGUCUCAAGUUAUGGCGAGCCGUCAUCAAAUUAGGUGGCUAUGACGUGGUCACUGCGUCUAAGCUAUGGCGGCAAGUUGGAGAAUCCUUCAAUCCUCCCAAGACAUGUACUACAGUCUCCUGGACAUUCCGCAUUUUCUAUGAGAAGUCACUCUUGGAGUAUGAAAAGCAUUUAAGGCAAAAUGGCGAGCUUAACCUUCCUGGUUUAGCUCUUCUUCCACCUGCCGGCCUUGAAAAGGAGGCUAUCAGCCACCAAGGCUCUGGGUCAGGCAGGGCACGGAGAGAUGCUGCAGCUCGUGCAAUGCAAGGUUGGCAUUCUCAGCGUCUUCUUGAAUCUGGGGAUGUUACUGAGCCUAUUGUUAAGGAUAAAGGCUUGGGUUCUACCACAAAGCAAAAGAACCUCAAAAACAUUGGGGUGCAUAAACAAAAAACACCAACCGGCAUGGACCUUGUUUUAUCACAUGAAACAGACAAACAGGUCAAUCGCCGAGGUUAUAGAUGUUGGACCACCUGCAGACUGGGUGAAGAUAACUGUCAGAGAAACUGUGAGUACCUCAGCCUCACAUAUAAAGACUGCUUUGAGAUAUUUGCGCUGAUACCUGGACUUCUUCGUGAAGAGGUUCGAGUUCAAUCAGACCCUGCAGGGCGGCUGGUUAUAGCAGGCCAGCCUGAACAACUUGACAAUCCUUGGGGAAUCACACCCUUCAAAAAGGUUGUGAAUUUUCCAGCAAGAAUCGAUCCGCUGCACACAUCAGCGGUCGUGAGCCUGCACGGUCGACUGUUUGUGCGAGUCCCAUUUGAGCAGUGAAAGGAAUCUCAUCUCAAAAGUGAUGAUGAGCUCGUUCUUUUUUUUAUAUGUUUCUUUGGUGAUUUCGAACGAACUCUAUUUUUCUUUAGAGAUUCGUUUGUAUCAGAAGGAACUAAAAACGUUAGCAAAUGCGAUAAUGUUACUGUUAACUCGAGUUCAGAAGAUUGAAGUAGAAAUGCGAACAAAACAUUGAUGUCUUCCAUUAAAGUUAGCAGGAAUGUUAUGGUU